CCCACUCACGCAACUCGCGAGUCGACCGCCGAGCGCUACGAUCGCGUGCGAAGCUCUCCGCUCGAGCCAUGUGUAAUGUUUUCAUCGCAGUGCAUAUCUGUCAACCAGCUUUCGGACGCGAUGUUUUAAAUCAUGAAUGAAUAACUUCCCCAUUUGUUGUCGGCACGCGAUUUUGCUGCCAUUUCAAACGGCUCGAAAGGCCAGCUUUCGCCGGGUGUCCAGUUUUUCUCGCGAGCUUGUGCCGUUGACACUGCAGCGUGCGGGACCCGCAGUGCAAGUGUGUGGUUGAUUAGCGAACGUAAAGACGUCAGCUGAGUCGCGUAAACAUUGGCUUGACCGGGUUUGUCUGAUGAAAUGGCUGUACCGUCUUCGUAAAUUGCCUGACGCGUGAGAGACACGUAAAUAGGAUUCCAAGAUGCGGCGCCUGGUUCUGCUCCUGCUGACAGGGGUCGUGUUUGCGGUGGAAGUCCAUUUCGAGAAUAAGGACAGUGGAUUCUUCCUAAAACACACGGCGAGAUGGAACGGAGCGGGGCCACCGCCCGAGCCGAUGGGGACGGCUCUGCCUGGAGCUCUGUUAUCACUCGACCGAUUCACAGUUUUACAAGGUUCUGCUCCGGCGUCCGUCAGAGCGACCUAUGGGCCUUUCUCCACUAAGCAAACAGUACCAGCUCGUUACGCUGUGCCCGAUCCCCUCGAACCACCUCGACGUAACGCCAGUUUAGUAGAAUUACAAGACGCCACGGCGCACAGACUUGACGUAUCGGCCCAUUUGGUAUUUCGAGAACUACCAAAAGAUGCACCAGUUCUCAGAGUACUGUUUCACACGGGUGGUGAAGGGGGCGCCCGGCGAGCGGCAGCCCGACCUCGUCGCGUUUGUAUCACUUUACACGCUAGCAUUGGCAUCAAAACUUUGACUGCAACGUGUGGACCUGAAGGCGAAGAGGGAGCCUGUUUGGCAGAGCUAACCGUUCCCGCGGCGUGGUGGCCUGCGGAUGGGAAAGGAAAACGACCACCGAGAACUAUGAAGCUAGCAUAUAGUGCAGCAGAAGCGAGCAGCGGUGAGACUGGUGAAGGGGUGUGCGGUAAAGUCUCCGUUCAACCGGCGUGGCCGUUGGGCAUAGUUACUCUGGCUGGACCAAGAGCUGGAUACAGGGAAGCGAGAGCGGGUGACACCGCCCUGCUGCUGCCAAGGGCACCACUGUAUCCUCACUUCAGAUUACACCUGCCUUUCGUUGUUCGCCGCGAUGCCAGUCAUACAAUUGGACAUGUUGUUAUACGGAUGAAGGUGAAGUCCGGACUGAGGUUGGUGAGUGUGACGGCAGCGAACUCGCACUGGGCUGUGACGGCAGAAGUGAAGCCCAGGGCCGCCACGGUCACAGCCACGCGACUGGAGCAACCGCUGCAAGAUGAUGACACUCUUGAUGGGGACGUAGAAGAAACCAGUAGUGGACCCGGUGGCCCGGGAUGGGACGAGAUCCUCACCUGGCUGGUGGAAGUUGGCGCCGAGGGAGAGGGAGACGCGGAGGGGUCGGAAGGCGAGUCAGGCCGCGGCACAGCCCGUAUCAGCUGGUCAGCAAAGGUGUCCUCAUCACCCAGCGCCACAUCCACCACGGAGGAAACUCCUCACGAGCACCGCGUCAACACAAGACUUGACAUCGAGAAGGAUGACAUUCAGGCUGUGCUUCCAAUUUCAAAGAACUGGGAGGUCCUCAACACGGCUGUGCUCACCGGGCGUCAAGUCUCUCAGGCGAUGAAGGUGCUGAUAGUAUCGCAAGCGGGUCAAGUUGCUGACGUCACGCUACAGAGCUCCUGCCACUCGGAGGACGAAAGUGUACUUAAAGUAUCGUCAUCAUGCAGUUCGGUCUACGUCGAUGGAUCGGAAAUCCGGGGCUCUUCGAACGCGUCGGUGAUAGUCAAAUACGGCACCUACACCGGUCUGGCGAGAUUCACCGUGUGGAUGCCAGAGUAUCCGCUCGAAAUCGACGUCGACGACAACCGGCUCUCGCAAAUCAAAGGCUGGAAAGUAUCAGACGAAGCGAACGGCAAAGACAGAUUAAGAAGGUCUUUGUCGUCGCGAGGGUGGGGCGGCUCCAGACCCGACGCGCCCAACUCCCUGACGGAUCAGCGUUCGUGCCGACUGCGAUAUCAACAAAGCAACGUUGAGGUGUACGCCCGAUUCCUGGCCAAAGACCACGACUCCGGGCGCGUGUCGUACUUCGUGUCCCGUCGGACGUGGCUCAAAGUGACCGAGCUCGUGUUGUCGCUAAUGCGGGUAUCCGACCCGCGUAUUGCGUCACUGCGCGAUCGCGUGCUGCAGGGACGCAGCACCGGCCGCACGGAAGUACAAGUUCUGUCGCCGAUCACGGGUAGAGUGAUCGGUCUCCGCGAAGUGCGCGUAGUGAACGACAAAGUAUCCAUUUCCCGUCUGUUCGUGCGAGUUAUAUCUGGACUGCAACUUAAUAUUUCCCCGGACACCGCAAUCGAGAAUGGAUACGUAUCUGAGACCACAGUAACUAGGCGCUUGACGGCACAGUAUCAGGAGGGAUUACUCGAUAUUGACAUAGAGUUUUCCGACACGACUCGCACGGCGUUGCGCGACGUCGCCGUGUCGGAUUAUUACUUGCUGGUGGAGAGCUUGGACACGGAAGUUGUGGCUUUUGCGCCGAUGCUGGCUUCGCGGCAUCCGCGUGUUAUUGCUGUUGGCGAAGGUAGCGGCGAGCUUCUCCGAGUAACCCUCCUAACCCCCGAGCAAUGCAGAUCGGGCCCCUUACGUCGGGUGGCCUUGCCCGGAAAAGGCGAUACCAAGACCCCCGCCAACAUUAAGAACAUACCGGGAGCACUGGCGAGCGCCGCGGCCAGUGUCGACGUAGACUUCAGCGGUAGUGAUGCGCCGCAAAGGCCCGACACACCACAAAAUGACGAUAUCAUGGCUCGAGGGGGUGUGAGGACUGGCAUAUCUGAUCUAAGCGACGUUCUUAAAGGAUUUUCUCCCUUCAAAGACGAAAAUAACCACGAGCCGACAGUACAAGCGCAACAAUACGGCUCUAUAUUCAGAAGCAACUCCGCGCUGCACCCCAGACACCCGCCGCAAAACAACAUGUCAAAAGUUGAAAUAGGCAUGUUCGUUCUACUGGGGGCAUUUUGCUUGGCCAUUGUGGUGUUCGUAGUGUCGUGCGUAGUGUACGCGUACCGGCUCAAGCCGGCCAACGCGGACACAAACAAUGGCAACGCGCGCCCCAUGCCGGCCGUGGCGGAGGGCGGGCGGCUGCAGGUGGCCGGGCUGGUCGGCACUACCCUGGGCCUGGCUAAGGACAAGCCUCCGAGGGAGUCCACCACUAACGCACACGACUGGGUUUGGUUGGGUCGAGCGACUAUCGAGAGAAAUGGUACCCGACAUCCCGUAAACCGAAACUCGACGCAACCGGCCGAAAAGACCAACAACAACCAAGAGAUGAGGAUCACGUCCAACCCCCUCAACUACAACUACGUGGACCCGGACGACGCCAUCAGGGACAACGGGAACGUCAUGGUGACCAGCUUCGACAACCCCAACUCCAUAGAACUGCCAUCGCAGAACGAGAAACGGGAGCGCGUCAUCGACUCCACCACCUACUGCAAGAAGCCAGCGAGGCACAACCGCCAGCACUCCGGAGACGGUCAUUGGCAAAUGGAUACCAGCGCCGAGGCCGACUACCGACCCCCCGUACCUCCCCAUAGGAACUCUUCAACGCCACAACCUCAAGUCCCUGUGCCGCCUAGAAAUACCACCAAAAUUUUGUCGGAGACCGUUAUGCCUCCUACUAGACGAAGCCACUCCAGGAAUCACCACAAGAAACACGAUCGCGAACAUGACUCCAAAAGAUCUCCGGAAAAUGGUCGACGCCCAGACCGAAUUAUUGAUUUGAACAAAGCCGAAUCCCCGUACAUGUCGAGCCGCGAUAUCAUGGACCAGUACAAACGCGACUCAUACCCCCUGCAACUACGAGACGAAUUCGACAACCCCGUGGAGAAGCUCACCAACAAGGACGACUGCGCCCGUAUGUUCGAGUUCGACAACGACGCGCCACUCAUCAUGGAGAAGAAGGACUACAGAGAAAUCGUCGGCCUCAACAGAGGAACUGACGACUCGCGACGCACUUUUGUGAAACCGGAGAGCCCUGACUACAUGCACGAUUCGGGAAUUGGAUUGCCAGAAGUACAAAUGAGACACAAGAACAAAAACAAGGAAUCAAACAACGCUAAAGGUGAUUUCGUUGAGCUGUCCACACAAACCAAAGGCGGGAGCUCCCCGGAGGUGAAGCGCGCCACGAUAGUCGGCAACCCCAUGUACUCGCGCGCGCCGGACGAGCCGCGCGACGCGACGGAGCCGCUCGGUCUCGACGACCUGCACAUGGACUACGAUCAAAUCAUGCACUAUUUCCACAACCUCAAGGAAUCAAACGCCUGAGUAGAGCAGAUCAUUGCAAAGAUCCGGCAGAUAUUGUCUACGUUUAAAUAUCAGCAUAUCACCAAAGCUCCUCCAAUCGACGUAUUCAAUGCACCCACCGACUCGGUCGGGGCAGCCGGGGAUAGUACUGUUGACGCGCGCAACAACAACGCACGCCCCGCACCCACGCAAGUGCUGUGCGACUCCAUCGCUCACAAAAACACCUUCAUGAAGCGUCAGUUGACGUUCCUACUGGAGCAUUUGAGCGAGCCGUACGAGUGAUGUUGCCAGUCAGAGUAUUAUCCUCAAACAAUAUGUGUCCGAAAGUGGAUCCUUGCAGUGAUCGGAAACGAAAUAUAAACGAUGUAACUUUUAUAACUAUUUAAGCUUUGACUGUUUAAGACUAUGGACCUGUUUCGCACCCAAAUUCACCUACAAAAAAGUCUGUCGUGUUUUGAGGGGGAUGAAGUAAACUCACACAUCGAAAAUAUUUAACACCAUUAAAUAUAUUGUGUCCAUACACUACACACAACUAUAAAUUUGACUCGCAAUACACACAGGCGUAAUUUUUAAACUCACAAACACAUUGACAAGACUAUCCACAGAAUAUAUGCAUAGAAUAUUUAAUUACUUGAUCGAUGUUUUGCUGUUCCGUAAAAUGAAUCGAUUCUUUUACGGAAAGAUAUUGUUUUUAUUAUAAAUUUGAUAAAAUUAAGGUAGAAACACUUACAAAUGAAACGUUACUCCAUCUUUUAUUAAACUACAAGUUUUUGGCCGUUUUUUAUGCCAUUCAACUACACAAACUGGCAUUUUUAGGGAGCUCUGUACAAGACGAAAACAAGUACAACAAUGAAACAUCGAUUCUAUAGCAACAGUUUUUAUUCUUAAACGUGUUAGAUCAUUGAUUUUUGAUCUUUACCAGAGGGGUAACGGUUAGCGAGGCAGGUCCUGUUAUUAAUGGUCGAAGUAUUUUAGCGUUAAACGUAUUUAAUCUAGUCAUCGAAGUGCACACGAGUGACGAACUGUUCGGUGUGCAUGUAGUAACUAAUACUCACAUGUCAAUCAAUAUAAUGUUGUAGAUAAUGAAUUAUACGCGUUCGUUUUAUCUGUUUUAUAAUGUAAACUUCUAUUCAGUCUUAAUAAACCACGAGAGCGAUAUAAUACCUACCUACGUACCAGUCAUUUUAUAGUCUUCGCCACAUUAUUCCAAUACCAAAUUAUAUAAAUUUAAUAUCUUCGCAUUUGUCCUAGAUCUGUAAAUAUUUUCCACUAGAGACAGUAAAAACGCUACCUCACUUAUAUAUUAUGUCUUAGCUUAGCCAAUAUCUAUAUCGCAAGCGAAAUGUACAAUUCGAGCUAGUACCUAAUACUAAUAUUGUUAAUAAUUUAUCAUUUUACAGCAAUUUAUUGUUUUGUAGAGUCCAAUUUUCGUUUAGUCCUUUAUAAAAUCAAAAAAUGUUUAUAGAUGUUAAGACUGCAGAUUGCCAGUGUUUAGGGUUAAUACUAAUUUAUUUAAUGGUUUAGCAAUUACCUACAUAGCAUAAGACAGAACUAGUCAAAUAUUUUAACUAUGGGCUAAUAAUUUGCUCAAGAAUAUAUUACAGUUAUAUGACAAUUAAUAUGCCAGAUUGUUAAUAUUAAAACACUUUUUUACGUUCCUUAUUUUAUACCACCGUAUGAAAAACUGGUGUUAUAAAUACUUUAGUUUUUAGAAUGUUAUAUGUAUAGUAGUACACUUAUUAGCACUCGGCCUACAACAAAUAUUCAGUGUUCAAUAAUACAGAACAGUAACCUUGUUGAUACUUGUAACCAUAUUACUGAUAAAUUAUUUAACGAAAGGCUAAUUAAAUGUAAUAUUGUGAUAACCGACUGCUAACAUUGAUUUGGUGCAGUCGACUUUAUAAAUAAAAAAGUCAUAUCAUAUUAUGAAAUCUAGCGCUUGUAUAAUAAUAUAUUGUAGACACUAUUAUUAAUUUAUUGAGAAAAUGUACAUUGCAUUUACUUGUAAGUUAGGUUUUUAGGCUUUGUAAAUAUUGUUAUGACGUUAUAUAAUUUAUAGUUAUGUGGAGGUCGGAUGGCGUAAUUAAGUCGCCAUUGACGGUCAAUUAUUCUCACGUUUCUGCAGCACGAACGUCAGCGAAGACGAACCGUCAUGCACGCAGUGACCAAUACACGAUCAGUUAUAGUCGUGGGUGCUGCAGAAACGUGAGAAUAAUUGAUCGUCAAUGGCGUGCAUUAGAAAAUAAAUGUGGUAGUCGCUUAACUUGCAGUCAGAGGAGUAGAUGCACACAAUUAUGAAGAAAUAUUUCGUGUCUGUUACAAAAUGUACACUAAAAAGUAAAUGUUUUUGAUCUUGUAAUUGUGUAUUAAUGUGACCCUGAAUAUAUUACUUAUUAUAAAAAAUAGAAAAAAGAAUGGUUAUCGGCAAAAAUCAAAUAGUGAAAAUAAUUUAUUAGAGUAAGUUGGUCAGUGACUAAUGUUUGCAGAAUGUUGAGUAUUGUAUCUGUAAUGAAGUUUUUAUAACUAAAUUGUGAGUUUUUAAUUUGUCUCAGAAAGCGAAGAAUUUGAAUGCUACAAAGUUAAGUUAUAAAAACAUUAUUAAAGAAGAUAUUUACUGUGCUAUUACUUAAAGAAUCUAUUGUAAAACUCGAUACUCCAGAACAUUGCGGAUAGUUGUUUGGCUUUUGUCGUUAGGUUAGACAAGUUGGACACGAAACUACUUUAUGCUGUAUGUAGUAUUUGUUACUGAAACACUUGUUUUUUGUUGAGUUUUGCCAUAUAAUAAAAGAGGAGUUUAUGAAAAUAAAAUAGUGCUACAAAAUUUAUACAUGUAUGCAAACUGAGGCUUGUCACGGAAAUCCUUUAAUAAGAUGUCAAAUAUAAUAAAACAAUAUUAAAUAUGA